GCCAGCAGAGGCAGCAGAGGCGCGGAGGGGCGGAGGUGUCAGAGCUGCUUCAACUGCCUUGAGUGUGCGAUGGCGUGUCUACAUGACGAGAGUGGUGGCAGCGGCAGUGGGUGCUCCUGUGGCAGCGUCUGCAGACCAAUGCAGACAGUCGAGGAGUCGGUGUGCUGCAGGGAGUUGCACAAUGUGGCGCGUAUGUGCAGUGACCAGGGGGUGCCUUGUGUAACAAAGCACCCCUUGUUCGAGCUGUAUUGCCUAAACACCGACAUCUUGGACCUAGAGUACCUCAAGCUCCGGUACUUCUGCCCUCUUGAUGCAGGAGACAGGGGCCCACAAGAGAGGCACCGCUACACUGCCUACCGGCAAUUCACUUGGUGGGUUCACCAUAAGCUGGGGCGCGGUAACCGGGUGCCACUGCCCAGCUGCGCCGUGCAACGAAUUCGACGAGAGUUCCCAUCCACCGAUGGAAGUUAUGUCGGUUUCAAGAAAUAAAAGGUAUCUGCCAUAUGAAGAACUCCUUUACAUCAUGCUAUAACUGAUGUGGCUAGACAAAAACGGCCUGGAAUCAACACACAUUUAUUAUACAACACAAAACCAGAACAG